AUGCAAAGCCUGGAGGCGGCAUGCGAAGAGGGAGAACAUGCAGCAAAAAGGUUAAAAACCCUUAGAGCUGCUUCCCAGCCUCUUACCAGUAGUUGUUUUCCAUCCAAAGAGGAGUGCCAACCGUCUACCAGCAAUUGCGAGGAAAAACCGGCGCGUUUCGAUUUGUUUGAGGAAUUGAGAAAGUUGCAAGAAUCUGAUUCUAGUAGUUGCGAAGAAGAAGAAUACGAUAGUGAUGACAGGGAGGAGAUUGUGAAUUCGGACAUAAAAUUUAAGCCACUGAUUUUAGAGCAGCUCGUUCAAAAAGAAAAGCUAAAUACGAUUAUUUUAAAUUUAUAUCCUGGGAGUAAAGGUUAUUCUUUGGCUUUUCGCUUUCAAGAUCGUCACAAUAUGGGUUAUAGGGAAGAUAAUGAGGAACUUAUUCAUACGAUGAUUCGAGGCUAUGAAGAGGACACUCUUUUAAAUUACUUGAAUAGAGAAGAAAUUCCACCAUUUAUUUUGGAUGCAUUAGACAAAUUUGAUUUUUUAUUUUAUAAUGGCUGUGUAAUUGCAGAAGUGAGAAACUAUAGGCCAGCACAUCCUGAAAAUAAAUACUAUACUCAUCACGUAUUGCUUAGGCCUACACAACAAACAAUUCUUGCGGACAUAAACACUCUUACAAGGGACAGGACAGAUUUUACCUCAGAAGACAGAGACGCCUUAGAAAGUCAAAUCCUGAUGGCUCACACUCCCAAUCUAUGUUUGGAACCUGAUAAGAAUUUAGAAAAUCAAAUAUCGAAAAUUCAAAAUCGGACGCGCGUCUGGAACGAAUUACCUUUCUAUAAAAUUACACAGAAAUCUUCGCAAGUUGCUGCCAACCGGAAACGAAAAUUAUACCAUUUUGCUCACAAAGAUGAUUUAUUAGAGGCUUGUAGUAAGGCAAAGAAAAGGCGAACAUGUACAACAAUGAUGAAGAGUACAAAGGCUGUCCAGCUAGAAGAAGCAAAGACUGUGAUUCCGGUACCUAAUUUAGAGGCACCGGCGAACCUGACUCAUCCUGAACAUCCUGUAGCAAUCAAUGUUAAGCCAAUGACAUGGCCAGAGGAUACAAGUGAUUGCUCCCCUCACCUUAUGGAAGAGUACACAUUAGAGACUGAUAUUACCUCAAAGGAUAAAGAUAAACCUCGAGUAUACCACAUAAAACUAUCAAUAUUUCAAAGGCCUGCCAACCUCGAGUUUUUGGGCGAGCUCUACUUGGACCGCGAUUAUAAAAAAGACCAAAGAAACGGCGUUGCUUGUAGGUUUUCGUUGGGUUCUCGUCCGAACGCGCACCGAUAUGUACGACAAUUUACCGAAAUUUUCACCGAAAGUGGACGUAAAAACGCGCGUAUCAGUUGCGGCCUAGUUUCAGCUGCGGCUAGGAGCGAAGCUGCGGCCAGAGCGCAAAACGGACCCAGUGUUCAACAGCAGCAACCGUCAGUACCUCAAGCAACGCCUAAUCCUAGAGAACAGCUGGAAAGCUUAAGUCAGAGCCUACAGGUUCAGUUGAACGGUGUAGUGCAAAAUGCUCAUCCUGUUCAAAUUGUAACGUCGCAGCAUAGUCAGCUGGUUCAAAUACAACAGAGUGUUCAAAAAUCCCAUCAGAUGCGCAGUCAGGAAUUGGAAAUUGAUGCCAUGGCUAGAAAGUUGGAAAUAUCUUCGCAGCAAUUUCAAGCAGCAGAAAAAGCAAAACGACAACAACAAGCGGCGGCAGCGGUUGCAGCUCAACAGCAAAAGCUGUUAUCCAACAGCAACAUCAUUAGUUUGCUCAAUAGUUCCCCGGCAAGCAAUGUAAAUAGCGACGCGGUAGUCAAUGCAAUAAAUAGCGCCAGCGUGGUGCCUCAACAACGAAUAUUGGCUAGAAAAGUGAAUACAGCAGGAGCUAGAGUUCUCAGUCACUCGAAUCUGAUAGCCCUCAACAACCACAACCGAGCCAACUUGCAAGAACUGACCAGUUCACCUGCGCAAACUGUAACUUUGUCAGCUGCAGCUAUAAAUAACGCUACCAGAGUGAAUUUGAGUAACCUCAAUGCUCAACUUGCUUCCGGGCAAGCGCAAACUGUUACCUUAACUCCAGUCAAUAGUGCUGGAGGAGGAAGCUAUAGUUAUACUACAAUGCCUGUAAAACAACAGGUUGUCCAUCAAAGGCUAGUUUCCUCCCAUCAAGACGGUAGCAAUAACAGCGAAACAGCUUUAGCUGCUCUUUUAGUGGGAACUCCGGCCGCUAAUAGGCCGGAUAUUGCCAGUCCCAAUCAAGCCAAUUCGUUGAUAUUGGAAAAAUUAGCUGCGAAUAAUAGUAGUUCUUUUGGGCAAACAUCCAAAACAUCUCAGGCUACCGCUCAAUUUGUUGUACAAAAUGCCAAAACGAAUACGGUAAUCUCCCCAAUGUCUAGUCCACCCCCUCAAGCCGGCAACACCCUCAACGUUCAAAGCUUGAAUCUCGCCCAAUUGCAAAAUUUUCCAGGCUUGCAUAAUGUACAGUUUCAGCUGCAAAACUUUUCGCAACCGAUCUCGUUGGCGCUCAACGUGGGCAGUCAAGCUUCGCAAAGUUUACUGAUGUCGUUGCCUAAUGCGCAAGCACAACAAGCUUCAGUAACGCAAUCGGUACAGGGCGUGGUACUGAAUGCGGCUAGUAGUACUGGUGCUGGUACUUCACAAUUAGCUCAUCUAGUAAGUUCAGGAAACGUCAAAAAUAUUACUCAUCAUAAUAUAAGGACAGCUGGGGGGUCGCAAACGUUGCAACUGAGGCCUGGUAAUCCUCAGUUUCAGCUAAUAUCUCAGCUACAGAGGCCUACAAGACAGCAAACAAUCCCUGGUCAAACGGCAACAAUAUCAAGUCGAAGAAGUACGCCAAUAACCAUCAAGAUGGCGACGCCUUCAAAUCCAAAUCAGUUUCAACACCAGCCAACAAUGGAAACGAUCCGACACUAUCAACUGCUGAACCAGCAAAAGAACCUAGACAACGUUUUCGAGAAGCUGAAAAGGUCCAACAAUGAACACCAGUAA